ACUCACUUCUUCAAUUUCCUCCUCCGCUCCUUCUUCCGCCACAUCUCCAAUCGUUUUUUUCUUCUCCGGCCGCCAACGAUCGUUUUCUCUUUGUCAUAUCCCCGCCAGCCACCGUUGCUUCACAGACCACCGGCGCUGCGCGGCGAAGAUUAGGUCUUGGCAGGCGACAGCUUCAGCUCCCCCCUCGCCUCCCCGGCUCCGUCACUGAGCACCUUUGCAGCUCGCACGGUCCACAGUUUUAGGUAGUUGCUAUGGAGGCUACAGCUUGGAACAUCACAGCGAGAGACUUUUUUAUUGGCUCAAAUCGACAGAAGCUAGCUUUACCAAGGCAUUCAAUCAGGGGAACACACAACUUGCUUUGGGGUGUAGCUCCAAGAAGACAAUACCCUCUCACGUUUUGCAAGAGAAGUGCAAAUACAAGUAAAAAACAUCUUUCAGCAGUAGUCUCUGGGAAUGUAGACACGUUGCUAGGUGAGGAGAAUGCGAGCAAUGUUGUGCGACCGGCAGGAAAUGUCGUACAUUUUUUCCGAGUCCCAUUGCUACAAGACAGUGCAACUGAAGAGCUUCUAAAGUUGGUUCAAACCAAAAUCUGUCACCAAAUAAUUGGCUUGGAAACAGAGCAGUGUUUCAAUGUCGGGCUGAAUUCUGAUCUUCCUAAUGAGAAAAAGGGCAUUCUGAAGUGGAUUUUAGCAGAAACAUAUGAGCCCGAGAAUUUCGGGACUGGGAGUUUUCUUCAGAGUAGUCCAGAAUCAGUUAUUGUGGAAGUCGGUCCAAGGUUGUCUUUCACUACUGCUUGGUCUGCGAAUGCGGUUUCGAUUUGUCAAGCUUGUGGGUUGACGGAGAUUAGUAGGAUGGAGCGUUCUAGAAGAUACCUGUUGCGUCUCAAGCCAGGGAGUAGUCCAUUGGUUGAUAGUCAAAUCAAUGAAUUUGCAGCCAUGGUGCAUGAUAGAAUGACAGAGUGUGUUUACACCAAGAAGCUUACUUCCUUUGAGACAAGUGUAGUUCCAGAAGAGGUUCGGUUCAUACCAGUCAUGGAGAGGGGUCGGGAAGCAUUGGAAGAAAUAAAUGAAAAAAUGGGUUUGGCGUUUGAUGAACAAGAUUUGGAGUAUUACACAAAACUCUUCAGGGAUGACAUCAAGCGGGACCCCACCAAUGUGGAGUUGUUUGAUAUCGCUCAGUCCAACAGUGAACACAGCAGGCAUUGGUUCUUCACCGGAAAACUUUUAAUAGACAGUCAGCCAGUAAACAAAACCCUUAUGCAAAUUGUUAAGAACACUUUGGUAGCAAAUCCGAACAAUUCAGUCAUUGGAUUCAAAGACAAUUCGAGUGCUAUCAAGGGCUUUACGGUCAAUCAUUUGAGGCCUAUCCGCCCUGGUUCUUCUAGCCCGCUGGAAACUACUGCUUCUGAUCUUGAUAUCUUAUUUACGGCUGAAACCCACAAUUUCCCAUGUGCCGUGGCUCCAUACCCGGGAGCAGAGACGGGUGCGGGUGGUCGCAUAAGGGACACACAUGCCACCGGCAGGGGUUCUUUUGUCAUUGCAUCCACAGCCGGGUAUUGUGUUGGUAACCUUAAUAUUGAAGGGUCAUAUGCCCCAUGGGAAGACCCUUCGUUCCAAUACCCUUCAAACUUGGCUUCCCCGUUACAAAUCCUAAUUGAUUCAAGCAAUGGAGCGUCUGAUUAUGGGAACAAAUUUGGCGAGCCAUUGAUUCAGGGGUACACAAGGACCUUUGGAAUGAGACUCCCGAGUGGGGAAAGGAGGGAGUGGUUGAAACCGAUCAUGUUCAGUGGAGGAAUUGGGCAAAUCGAUCACACCCAUGUAUCAAAGGGGGAGCCCGAAAUUGGAAUGUUGGUUGUUAAGAUCGGGGGCCCCGCUUACCGGAUAGGAAUGGGAGGCGGGGCAGCUUCGAGCAUGGUGAGUGGUCAAAAUGAUGCUGAGCUAGACUUCAAUGCUGUACAACGUGGCGAUGCUGAGAUGGCGCAGAAGCUAUAUCGUGUCGUUCGUGCAUGUGUAGAGAUGGGACAGGAUAACCCAAUAAUCAGCAUUCACGAUCAGGGUGCUGGUGGGAACUGUAAUGUUGUUAAGGAAAUCAUACAUCCUCAGGGUGCCCAGAUAGAUAUAAGGGCAGUCGUAGUUGGUGACCACACCAUGUCUAUUCUUGAGAUUUGGGGGGCCGAAUAUCAAGAACAAGACGCAAUAUUGAUCAAACCCGAAAGUGGCAGUCUUCUGAAGAACAUCUGCAUGAGGGAAAGGGUACCGAUGGGCGUUAUUGGAACAAUUGAUGGAAAAGGGCAUAUUACAUUGGUAGAUAGUUUAGCCCUUCAGAAUUCAGACAAACCUCCUCCACCGGCAGUUGAUCUCGAGCUUGAGAAGGUUCUAGGAGAUAUGCCACAGAAAACUUUCAAACUUCACCAUGUGGACAUUGCUCUAGAACCUCUGGAUAUUGCUCCCGGGACGACAGUCAUGGAAGUUUUGAAGAGAAUAUUGAGGCUUCCUUCUAUCGGUUCGAAACGGUUCUUGACCACAAAAGUCGAUAGGUGCGUUACGGGUCUUGUGGCACAACAACAAACUGUGGGUCCCUUGCAAAUCACCCUCUCUGAUGUUGCUGUUAUUGCUCAAACUUAUACUGAUUUUACCGGAGGUGCUUGUGCGAUUGGGGAGCAACCAAUUAAGGGUCUUUUAGAUCCAAAAGCAAUGGCCAGACUCGCUGUUGGGGAAGCACUAACAAAUCUUGUAUGGGCAAAGGUUACUUCUCUUGAAGAUGUGAAAGCUAGUGGGAAUUGGAUGUAUGCUGCCAAGCUAGACGGGGAAGGUGCCGCCAUGUAUGACGCCGCCAAUGCUCUUUCAGAUGCCAUGAUUGAACUCGGCAUAGCGAUUGAUGGGGGGAAGGACAGUCUUUCAAUGGCCGCCCAUGCACAUGGGGAGGUCGUAAAGGCUCCCGGAAAUUUGGUCAUCAGUACCUAUGUAACAUGUCCAGACAUAACAAAAACUGUCACACCGGACUUGAAGCUCGGGGACGACGGUGUAGUUCUCCACAUUGACUUGUCAAAGGAGGGAAAGAGGCGUCUCGGUGGGUCCGCUCUUGCACAGGUUUUCGGUCAGGUCGGGGAUGAGUGUCCGGAUCUUGAAGACAUCUCGUACCUUAAAACGGUUUUCAAUGCGGUCCAGAAUCUCAUUUCAUGUGAUCUUAUCUCUGCCGGCCAUGACAUCAGCGACGGAGGACUUCUGGUUUGCAUCCUCGAAAUGGCUUUUGCUGGGAACUGCGGUGUUUCUGUGAAUUUGACGACAGGGGGAGAUGAUAUUGGCGUGUUCCAAACAUUGUUUGCAGAAGAGCUCGGCCUUAUCCUUGAGGUUAGCAAGGAAAAUUUGGAGUUAGUCAAGCAAAAGCUCAGUAGUGCUGGUGUCACUACUGUUCAAGUCAUCGGACACGUCACUGUUACUCCGAUUGUUGAUCUGAAAAUUGAUGAUGUCACUUACUUGACUGACAAAACAUCCGCGCUUCGCGAUAUAUGGGAAGAAACCAGCUUUGAGCUAGAGAAGAAGUCCCAAAGGCUAGCCUCUUGUGUGGAGCUAGAAAAAGUCGGAUUGAAGAGCCGACAGGGACCUUCAUGGAAUUUAUCCUUCAAACCGGCUUUCACAAAUGGCGAAUACAUGACUGCCAAGUUGAAACCAAAGGUUGCCGUGGUUAGGGAGGAAGGCAGCAAUGGGGACAGAGAGAUGUCGGCGGCUUUCUACGCCGCCGGUUUUGAACCAUGGGAUGUCUCCAUGUCAGACCUUUUGAACGGUCAGAUUUCGUUGCGGGAGUUUCGAGGGGUGGUGUUUGUUGGAGGCUUUAGCUAUGCAGAUGUGCUUGAUUCCGCCAAAGGGUGGGCGGCUUCGAUACGUUUCAACCAGCCUCUGUUAUGCCAGUUCCAAGAAUUCUUUAACCGCCCCGACACGUUUAGUCUCGGGGUUUGCAACGGAUGCCAACUCAUGGCAUUGUUAGGUUGGGUGCCGGGCCCACAAGUAGGCGGUGUUCACAGCACGGGAGGUGACCCGUCGCAGCCGAGGUUCAUACACAACGAGUCUGGACGGUUCGAGUGCCGCUUCACAAGUGUCACCAUACAAGAAUCGCCCGCAAUCAUGUUCAGAGGGAUGGCGGGCAGCACGCUGGGUGUUUGGGCUGCCCAUGGGGAAGGACGGGCGUAUUUCCCCGACGACACCGUCCUAAACAAGGUCCUUAGCUCGAACCUUGCACCAGUGAGGUAUUGCGACGAUGCCGGGCAACCGACCGAAGUUUACCCGUUUAAUCUGAACGGUUCGCCACUCGGUGUGGCGGCAGUUUGUUCACCGGACGGGCGGCACCUCGCCAUGAUGCCCCACCCGGAACGUUGCUUCUUGAUGUGGCAGUUCCCUUGGUACCCAAAGCAUUGGGACGUGGAAAAGAAGGGACCUAGUCCUUGGUUGCGUAUGUUCCAAAAUGCAAGAGAAUGGUGCUCAUGAAGGCGUUCUUCUUAUUACUCUUACAGGCCAGGGCAACCCCAGGAACAUUUGAGUUUUGGACUGAAGUAGCCAUAGGCUUAUCGCGAAGAUCGUGACGAAAGAGGCACAUUGGGAAGGGCAAGAUGAUGAUGAGGAGGUUGGAUCACUUGGUUUUCAAUGAUGUGACCAAAUUUUGAUUAGAAUGUUACUUUCAUUUCUUUACUUUGAUGAUAGUCUUGAUGUAAAUUGUCAACAAAGUUGAUACUAGUACCAAUUUGCUAUUCUUUUAAAGCCCUUAAGUUGGAUUUGUAGUGCUGUAUUAUCCACAGAUGAUAUGGACUCAAAUUUGGCUUUCUUUUUUUGUGCAAUAAAUUAAGAUUACAACUUUGUUUCGACAUUACUGCUCUCCUUUACUAUACUCUUUUGAUACUCUAUUAUUAUACUCUUUACAAAAAUGGGCCACCAUCUUUAUAAUUUUGUGCCUCGCAACUUCAAGUCUCUUUAGCUCCUACCAAUGUAGUAGGGUUCCAAAAAGUGAAGUGAAACUUAACAUUCCAACAUUUUGUGCACGGGGCAAAUGUGAUGAUGGACGUGGCGGUUGUUGGUGCUACCUUCUACUUGGGUGUUGG